GUCUAUGAAUUCCUCAACAUUUUUGCUUCUAACGACGGCGAUAACCAAGUUCUUAUCGGCAAAGCAACUCUCCAUGACAAAGCUAUUUAUUGGUGGCCUCGCCUCGCACACUACCGAUGCAAUUCUGCGGCAGGGGUUUGAGAAAUUUGGGGAGGUGGAGGCCGCUAGAGACGCCAUUGAUGCAAGAGAAGCCAUGCACAAUAAUGAGCGGGGGGAUUACUCCCCGGCCGCUGUCGAGGAGGGCAAAUCGAACCAAGCUCCUCAAAUGUACCAGCCGCAGCAGAUAUUCACUUCCGGCUGGGAACUGCCGUCGUUACUUAAGAACGUAACCCCCAGUACUAGGAAAGAUUUCAUCUUCAACGCCAUCACUCUACUAUCAACCCAAGGUCAUGUCGAGCUAAUGACUUGCAGGCGGUACCUCGAAAGGGUUCAACCUAAAAGAGGGGUCAAGCUGGUGGAGAUUGUUAUUGAUGCCUUGAUCUCUUCAGAAAAUGCAACACCUGAUCGACUGACUAUCAUAACUUCUCGUGAGGACUCUCAAAUCAACGACAUCGCGGUUUGGCUUUGUCUCACCUUCCGAGAGCCUAGCAACAUAAGCAACGUCAUGAUUUCAUCGGGCUCAUUCGACGGUGCAAGGUUUAAACUAAAUAUAUUAUCCAAUGUAGUCUCUCCCGCGUGUUGGUUUAAGCUAUUCAAUAACGCAGUUAUUGUCGUGAUGCCUGGGGAAAGUACUUUUCCGUCCGGGUGGCUAUUGGAAUUGAGUUUUGGGGCCUUGCUGCAGCUUGCUGCUGUGGAAUACCCUGUUGUAAUAGAUUCUGGAAUAGUACUCAUGGGCUACUCGACAGCCUUGAUUCCUGUUGAUAUAAAUCCAAACGGUCAGGUGAUAUGGCAUCUUGAGGUUGCUUCUGAGAAUCGGCAGCUCCGGAGAUCUGAAUUACAGGCUACUCAAGGUUCUUGGUUGCAAAAACAAACGUUAGAAGAGCUUAAUACGGAGACGGCCCUGUUGGGUUGGUGCACAUCAGCACAGGUUCGUUUAGGCUCUGACAGUCUCGAGCCUAAUGUGACAUGGUCAGAUGCCAAGGUCAAGCCCAUUACAUGGCGCUGGAAGGGAGCCAAUCUGCAACUGCUAGCCCAGUCGGCAGCACCCCUCCAGCUGGGCGCUCAGGCUGGAUUUGCCUGGGAGCGUACCAUCAAUGCCAUCCGAUUCACUCCGGGGGAGAACUACUUACAAUGUCUGGCCAACAGUAUGCUUGAGCACGCCAUUCUAUGCGAUGUGAGUGCACAGAGAUCAUGGCUUGUACCUCUUAUUUCCGUCUAUCAUCACAUGUUAUUGGUUUAUCACCACGUAAUAUUUCCAGGGGAUGACCGACACCCGAUCCCAGUAGUGGCAAUGUCCGAUGCAUCGUCGAGCUCGUGGGAUAUCCUGCGAGUCUCAGGUAGCGUUGCAGUUGAGGGAAGCGGCGAAGAUAGGUUAACUGUACGCGAACUCAUUAUGGGGUUUUCAGUCAACUUUGCAAUGACAUCUCUACAGCCGCCCAAGGGGUCUAGGAUUUACGGUUAUGAAUUCAUGGAUCUGGUUGUGGGAUCUUUACGAAGUGAGCUGAAGGCCGUCGUGGUGGAGAGCCAAGGUCUGGGGUGGGCACCACUGUUGAAUGAGGUACCUUGCCUUUUCUGCUCUGAGCUGGGAGAUGCAAUAGUCGGAACCAGGGCUGGCAUACCAGAUUCUCCAUGUAACUACCUGCCUACCGGCCAGAACCUACUCGCAUCGUCAAUCGAGGCUAUUCAGAUGCUAUGCCGGAAGCAAGGAAGCACUCUCACAGGUGUGUCUGGGCGGGUCACACGAGAUCACGUACUCUCACUGCAUGGGCAGCCAUUCAUUCAGUGUCCCCACAGCCCCGGGGCUUCAUCAUGCUGGGACCACCCGGAAGAGUUCAUACAAAAGAUUCGGCGUGGGACAAAUGUGGAUAGCGGUGAACAAGAUUGCGAAGAGUGUAACCCUCCUGUCCGGGGAGCAUUAGUCUUCGGCAGUACGAAAUCACAGAGCCUCAACUGGGCUUCGAAACUGCGGCGAUGACCCUUUCUCAAAAGAGUGACCAUUUUAAGUUGGGUAUAAUUCUUUGUGCUCUAUGCAAAUGUCGCCCUCUUAUUAGUCAGCCUGGGUAAGUAUUAUUUAUGAAGUGAUUAACUUUAUAAUAAUUCUACGCUUUGUAUCAUUUUGUGAUUAUUAGCCUUUUGAAGCUGC